CUCGUUCCUAGGGUGAUAACUUCUGAGAGCGUAGCGUUUUCAUGUCACCUCGUCACCAUCAUAAACACCGCCCCCUUCACCCCUUCGCCGAUGUGAGAGUACGAAGCCAUUUGGAGGGUGAAACGACUCGAGAAUCUCGUGCAAUGGCUCGUUUGCGGAAUAGCGUCUUUCGCGGAGAUCAUCCUGACAAGGAGGGAACGAAUACGGAGAAUUCACGCGCGAAAUUGUGGGGCAAUGACUGGCGGUAGGGUCGCGAAUCGAAUCCAGCACGGUACAUCCCCGCGGCCCUGUCGUCGAGGACGAAGUCGCGGAGCCACCACCGAUAACGAACGCGAGAGAGAGCUUCUCCGCAUAAAGAAGUUUCGCGGAGGGGUGCGCGCACACGCUCGCGGCUCGCGUUCACCCGCACGGAGCGGCUCUAACCCGCUGACUGCCGGAGUCGCCCCUUUUCCACCCGCCACGACCCGUCAGCCCCUAACCCGGAGGCUAUCCCCUGGUCCCCGCGCGGUCGACCUACCGUCACCCACCUACCCGACCACCCCUGCGCCAGCACCGCCAGCACCCUACUACCAUCACCUCAGCCGUCACCUUCGCGAAACCGCCGCUCUUCCUGCCGCCGGUGUCUAUUACCGUGGUGAUGUUGACCCGCUGCGCCUUUUGCUCGUGAAAUCUCCCAACUUUUUGUUUUCUCCAUUUUUUUUCUCUUUUUCCCUUUCAUUGUAUUUUCGUCAGAUAAGUAAAUCCUGUGAAUAUCGGUUUCCGAUGUCGCCAUACGGCACCAAAAUUGAAGGAUUACUAGGAAAAAGCCACAUUUCUAAUUUGAGAAAAUUGAGGAAACGGUUACGUUGAAAUGGUGUUCGGUUACUAAUUCAUUCAUCAUUGUAAGGAUCACGACGCGAUAAAUUGCUCACGUAUAUGUAUGUGUAAAAUAUUCCGUGGCAUAUAUAUAUAUCAUUAAAACGAGCGAUAUUAUAAAAGGGAAUUACGUAAUUUGGAUUUAAAUGCGCCUCGCUUUAAAUAAGGAAGAAAUAUCGCAACGCGAAGACGUGAAAAUGACUUUCAGCAUCGAGUUCCCGUUUCUCUUAUCGGCCGAGUCGAAGGCCUUUUCAACUCUCGAAGAUCUUUCGAGAAAAAGAACGGAUAGAGCCGACGUGGAACGGAAUGGAAGAACUCGUCAGCCAAUCUAAUAGCGUUUUACGCCUUAUUACUCAUCGUUGCGCUCAACCGAAUAGUGGUUGGAAUAGGAAAAUGCAUGUAAUACGUUCAGCCGAAUACGAAUAAACCGACCGAGAUUCACCGGAAAGAAUGUCGAGCAGUGUGGCAGCUAAUACAGCGAAAAGAAAUGCGUCUGUAAAUCUCUGGAACUUUUAAAAGACAAGCAUGACCCAUCUUCAAUUCGUUUGCACGCAGAAAUUAUUUGCUGACGCACGAAAAAUUUUGGUAGACGCUAUCGCGCGAAUUCUGGAAUGGAAAAUCAUCAAUUGUCUAGUUUAAUUGGAUGAAUUUAGGAUCAAAAGACAAAUGCUUUUACCAUGCAUCGCGUAAUUGAUAGUAUCAUCCAACAUACAUUUUGUAAAAAAUGUAAUAAUAAUAGAUUUUUUUGUCUUUUAUAUGUGAAUUCGAAGAGUAAG